UUCGGGGUACCUGUGCCAGCCAGCGCCGUGCGGGUCGUGGGCUCCGCCUUGCAGCGACCCUCCUGCGGUGCCAGAGUCACGCUGGAGCCUCCCGCGCUCCUCCUCAUCCCGGGAGGAAGGCUGGCUAUUAAAAGCCCGCGGGCAGCCCUUCUCCCAGGCCGGCCUGCGGGACAACCGCGUCCCCCAGGGCUGUAAUUUCCCGGUUUAUAUUUAGCGGAGCGCGGAUAUAAAAGCGCCGCGCUCCCGCCAGGCUGCCGGAGCCGCGGCUGUCCCUCGCCGUGGCCAUGGACACCUCGUACCCCCGGGAGGAGCGGCCGAAGGACAGGUGGCCCCCCGCCGCCCCCACGCCCCGCGACCACCUGGUGUGGGCCAUCUUCAACACCCUCUACAUGAACUUCUGCUGCCUGGGCUUCGUGGCGCUCGCCUUCGCCGUCAAGGCUCGGGACAGGAAAGUGGCCGGGGACGUGGAAGCUGCCCGGCACUUCAGCUCCAAGGCGCGGUGCUACAACGCCCUGGCCACGGCGGGCAGCGUGCUGCUGCCACUGCUGCUCGGUGCCCUCGUUGUCACCGGGGUCAUCCACCUCUCCAAGCUGGCCCAGGAGUCCGUCGGAUUCUUCACCUACCAGUUCAGCGGGAGCGACGACGGGGAGCAGUGACCAGGGUGAGGGGCUGCUGGCACCUCCUCUGCGCCGCUGGUGGCCCCCCCAAAAGGCCACCACCCCUGUGUGCCACCCCCCUUCCCAAUCCCAGUUAUUUUUGUUUAUCCUGUGGGUUUUUUUACCUCCCCUUUUCCCGUGUGGAGCCCCAGCUUCCGUGGUCGCUAUUUAAAUCAUUAAAUGCUUCACACAGCCCGAGUUUCUGCCUGUGGAAAGGGGCAGGAGGGUGCCAAAGGGAAAACAUAAAUUGGGAUUUUUGGCUCUGAUGGGGCUCCUGGCAGCCAGGAGACACCAUUGUUCCCAUAGCCUUUAGGGCCACCUUUGGCCCCAGGACUGAGGAGGGGAGGAAGCAGAGACGCCGCUGGGGGCUCUGGGAUGAAGCAAAGGGGGUGUCCCAAAUGGAGCUGAGACCUGCAAACUCAUGACAGCAACACAGACAUCCCCAGCCAUGCCAGCCAGGACAGGGGGGGUUGGGAAGCACUCCCAGUGCUCCCUGCUCUCCGUGCCUGGGCUGGAGACAGCUCAUUUCGGGACUAAAGGAUCCCUUUUUUGGGCUAAACCCCCUUUACUGCCAACUAGCCCUGUAUACCAGCCCCAUCCCAAUCCCGGUGCAGCCCACAGGGCUGGGGACAGCGUGGUCCCUCUGGCGUGCCAAGAGCUGCCGCUAAUGAGGGGCUGGCAGCACCCGAGUAAUUACACUAAUUACACGGCAGCGGGAGAGUCCCUGCUCCAGCCCUAAGCAUUCCCAGAUGCUUCGGGGCACGGAGCAGCCGCUGGGCUUUUUAUAACCCGGGCCGAGAUUCCUGGGGUUGGCUUGGCCGGGACAGACCCCUCGGGGCCGGGAACGCCUCCGGCACUCCCUGCUCCCUCCCAGGGGACAGGGAGGGUGGGCAGGGGAGGAGGCUGGGCAGCCCAGAGAGAGGGGCUGGGGGUACCAUGCCCACCCUGUGCAGGCACAGGAACUCCUUGGGAUUCCUGGGACACCAAAAACUGCGUCCCAGAGCAAAGCCACAGCAGCUCUUUGCUCACCCCGAGGCUGCUCAGGCACGGAAAAAUGCUGCCCUUGUCACCACCUGACAGG